CCAUGAUCCCGCCGGCCGACACGCUGCUGCGGUACAACCCGCCGGUGCUCGUCAGCCGCCGCCAGGAGGAGCCCCCCCCGGGGGUGGCCGGGGGGGAACGGGCCGAGGGGGGGGUCUGGGGUCCGCGGGGCGCUCCCACCGAGCCCGCUCUGCUCUCUCCGCAGGCCCGCCCGCUGAAGGACACCCCGCCGGCCCAGCCCCAGGAGCUGCUCAACGCCAUCCUGCCGCCGCGGGAGUGGGAGGAGGAGAACUUGCGAUGGGUGCAGGAGGUGUCGAGCGUGCCCAGCACCCGGCAGGACGUGGUGCACCUGCAGGAGGAGCUGGACCUGCGGCUGCAGCGGCGGCAGGCACGGGAGACCGGCCUCUGCCCGGUGCGCCGGGAGCUGUACACACAGUGCUUCGAUGAACUGAUCCGUGAGGUUACAAUUAACUGUGCAGAGCGGGGACUGCUGCUGCUCCGGGUCAGGGAUGAGAUCCAGCUGACAAUUGCAGCUUACCAGACCCUCUAUGAGAGCAGCAUCGCGUUCGGCAUGAGGAAGGCACUGCAAGCUGAGCAAGGCAAAUCUGACUUGGAAAAAAGGAUUGCAGAGCUAGAAGAGGAAAAGCAGGAGCUGGAGAGACAAGUGAGUGAAGAGAAAGCUAGGUGUGAGGAUAUUGAAAAACGUGAAAAUGAGAGACGACAGGUAGAAGAGAAGAAACACGAUGAAGAGGUUCAGUUCCUGAGACAAAUGAAUCAUCAGCUGAAGGAGCUGAAACUCAACAGCUUCAUUAAUUUCUGCAUGCUCUUUCAAUGCAUUCAGCUCCUUGAAUAGUGAACCUGUCUGGGACUUGCCUCUUGGUAACAUGCUAGAUGACCUUCAAAGCAAUAAACUAAUAAACAUUUUUACA